GACGGAAGUGAGGUAGACUGAAAUAGCAUGUCUUCCUAUGCAGAAUAAAUACAGUGAUGCUUCCCUCUUGAUACUGACUGUACCGUCAAGCUUGAUAAACGAGAACAUUGAAAGGCUGUCAUAAAACAAACGAGAUGAAUUCCUCAAGAAGAAGCGAAAGCGAUUGGCAGGGUUUGGUCAGCGAGUUCCUGGUGUGUAAGCGCAAGUUGGAGAGCAAGAAGGAGGCCCUCCUGAUUCUGUCCAAGGAGCUGGAUACCUGUCAACAGGAGAGAGACCAAUACCAGCUGAUGGCCAACCAGCUCCGAGAACGCCACCAGGGACUCAAGAAGAAGUACAGGGAACUCAUAGAUGGAGACUCCAGUCUACCACCUGAAAAACGAAAUCAAUUGAAUUUGGCCCAGCUGUUGAGAGACUCCAGAGAAAGGAGUAAGCAGCUGUCUGAAGAGGUGAAGGAGCUGAGUCAACGACUGGCUGAGGCCCAGGGGGAUAACAAGCUCCUGCGGAUGACCAUAGCCAGACAGAGGUUGGGGGAUGAAGAGGUGGGGGCAAGGCACUUCCAGGCCUAUGAGCGGGAGGACCUGGUCCAGCAGUUGGAGACGGCACGAGAGCAGAAUGAGGAGCUGGAGCACAGUGUGAAAUCUCUGACGGAUGAGCUGCAGGAUGUGAGGGCGGAGCGCAACGUGUUCCAGGAAAAGGCCCAGCGGCUGAACCACGAGGUGAACCACAUCUUGGGGGGACACGAGUGUCGGAUUCUAGACGUAGAUGCACUCUGCAUGGAGAACAGAUAUUUACACGAGCGGUUCAAACAACUGCAGGAGGAGGUCACCAUGCUCAAAAUGAAUGUCAUGAAGUACAAGAGUGCUCUGGAGAGCAGGAAGAACUCCAAGACUUAUGGCAAAGCUAACAGCAGUGCACUCACUGGGGUGCUCUCUGCCAAACAAGUGCAGGAAUUAUUGCUUUCUGAGGACAACGGAUGCAGUCUCCCUGUCACGUCUCAGUCCAUCACAGACCUCAAGUCCCUGGCCACAGCCCUACUGGAAACUAUCCAUGAGAAGAACCUGGUCAUUCAGCACCAGCGACAAACCAACAAGAUUCUGGGAAACCGAGUAGGGGAGCUUGAGAAGAAACUGAAGACUCUAGAGGUCUCGGGAUUAUGGAGCCUCCCAGGCCUGACUUACAAUGUGUCUCUGGGAUUCUCUGGAAGAGGGAGAGAUGCCAUCAUCCUGAAUGAAACUCUGCAGCCUAGCUCCACUGUGACAAGCUCUGAGGAGAAGAAAGUACCAUCCAAUGAGCACGAAGUACCCCCUACUGAGCACGAAGUACCCCCUACUGAGCAGGAUGUAACCCCCAAUGAGCAGGAAGUACCUCCCACUGACCACAAAGUACCCCCUACUGAGCAAGAAGUACCUUCCACUGUGCAGUCUACCACAGAGCAGAGGAUGACAAGGUAGCCAAUGACAUGCAGAUCCCCGUCCCCGUCCCAAGACGUGAGGGGGGGGGGGUUACCCAGUGUGACGGGGGAUACAGAAAUAAGCACCAAGGAGUCAGAGCCACUAGUGUCACCAGUCAGCCUGGACACAUCCAAGCAAAACUAGUCAGGCAAAACUGCUGAGGAAGUCACUGACUGUUCUGAAGGAGAGACAAUAAACCUGGAUGAAUGUCAGACUGUCGACCAAUCACAAAGUGCAAAUGAGGUCACGGUGCUUCCAUGGUACCAAUUAGAUGAGACUGUAGGCGGGACUCCAUCCCCUUCCUCAAGGCCAGACUUGGACAUGUCCUCCUGUAAGACAUAUACCACAUAUCAGAGCCUCUAAAGGACACAAAACCCACCCAGAGAGAGGUGAGUUGGUCAGAUGACAACGUCUUUAGGGUGGGGUCUGAGGAGAUUGACAUGGCAGAGGGCUCUAUGACAGAAAACACCAAUCUUCCAUCCUCAACAUCAACCUGCAGCUCUCCUAUUCAAACAAGUCCCACCCACGGGGAGAAUAACCAAUCACACCACAAGUCAGAACAUUCAGAAGAUGUGAGGGUCGAGUGCUUAACGAAUAAGGAGUCAGAAAUCCUUCCCUUGAACAGUAGCCACUCAAAUGCUGAAUGAUCAGACCGGGAUGGGAAAACAGUGAAAAAUGACAGCUACUUCAGCCAAAACCAUGCCUAGAUUGACACUGUAAUAGAAUGGGUUUCAAAAUUCCUGAGGGUGCAUUCUGUAAAAUGUCGUACUGCUUACUGGUGAUUCCAAGCUCCCAAGAUUUCUGAAAGAGAUAUUACUCUGCUACAGUUGCUGUAAUGUGGAAUUGAACCCUGCGGCCCUUCUAUUCAGUUGUUGAAGCUGGCCUGGACUGACCAGUACAGAGAACCUACUAGCUCCUCAUAUGUUCUACUGCUUUUUAUUUUUAUGUACACUGCUCAAAAAAAUAAAGGGAACACUAAAAUAACACAUCUGAGAUCUGAAUGAAUGAAAUAUUCUUAUAAAAUAUUUUUUUCUUUACAUAGUUGAAUGUGCUGACAACAAAAUCACACAAAUGAUCAAUGGAAAUCAAAUGUAUCAACCCAUGGAGGUCUGGAUUUGGAGUCACACUCAAAAUUAAAGUGGAAAACCACACUACAGGCUGAUCCAACUUUGAUGUAAUGUGCUUAAAACAAGUCAAAAUGAGGCUCAGUAGUGUGUGUGGCUUCCACGUGCCUGUAUGACCUCCCUACAACGCCUGGGCAUGCUCCUGAUGAGGUGGCGGAUGGUCUCCUGAGAGAUCUCCUCCCAGACUUGGACUAAAGCAUCCGCCAACUCCUGGACAGUCUGUGGUGCAACGUGGCGUUGGUGGAUGGGAGCGAGACAUGAUGUCCCAGAUGUGCUCAAUUGGAUUCAGGUCUGGGGAACGGGCGGGCCAGUCCAUAGCAUCAAUGCCUUCCUCUUGCAGGAACUGCUGACACACUCCAGCCAUAUGAGGUCUAGCAUUGUCUUGCAUUCGGAGGAACCCUAGGCCAACCGCACCAGCAUAUGGUCUCACAAGGGGUCUGAGGAUCUCAUCUCGGUACCUAACGGCAGUCAGGCUGUGGAGGGCUGUGCGGCCCCCCAAAGAAAUGCCACCCCACACCUGACCCACAGCCAAACCGGUCAUGCUGGAGGAUGUUGCAGGCAGCAGAACGUUCUCCACGGCGUCUCCAGACUCUGUCACAUCUGUCACGUCUGUCACAUGUGCUCAGUGUGAACCUGCUUUCAUCUGUGAAGAGCACAGUGCGCCAGUGGCGAAUUUGCCAAUCUUGGUGUUCUCUGGCAAAUGCCAAACGUCUUGCACGGUGUUGGGCUGUAAGCACAACCCCCACCUGUGGACGUUGGGCCCUCAUUUACCACCCUCAUGGAGUCUGUUUCUGACCGUUUGAGCAGACACAUGCACAUUUGUGGCCUGCUGGAGGUCAUUUUGCAGGGCUCUGGCAGUGCUCCUCCUUACACAAAGGCGGAGGUAGUGGUCCUGCUGCUGGGUUGUUGGCCUCCUCCACGUCUCCUGAUGUACUGGCCUGUCUCCUGGUAGCGCCUCCAUGCUCUGGACACAACGCUGACAGACACAGCAAACCUUCUUCCCACAGCUCGCAUUGAUGUCCCAUCCUGGAUGAGCUGCACAACCUGAGCCACUUGUGUGGGUUUUAGACUCCGUCUCAUGCUACCACUAGAGUGAAAGCACCGCCAGCAUUCAAAAGUGACCAAAACAUCAGCCAGGAAGCAUAGGAACUGAGAAGUGGUCUGUGGUCACCACCUGCAGAACCACUCCUUUAUUGGGGGUGUCUUGCUAAUUGCCUAUAAUUUCCACCUGUUGUCUAUUCCAUUUGCAAAACAGCAUGUGAAAUGUACUGUCAAUCAGUGUUGCUUCCUAAGUAGACAGUUUGAUUUCACAGAAGUGUGAUUGACUUGGAGUUACAUUGUGUUGUCUGGGAGGGGAAAACUGAAAUCUAGCUGUUAUUGCCAGUGAUGUUUAACUCUUUGGUCUAUUAACCAAUUUACAGCAUGGUGACGUCACCAUAGAAAGCCGAAACUCCCGCCCAUGCAAACCUGCUGAUUUAUAAGGUCCUGCGUAGAAUGUAUUUUCAACCAGCAACUGUCAGGAAAUAACACUGAUCAAAUGUUUUCACACUUAUAUGUUGAAUCCAACAUAUCAAUAAUUAACUUGUCAACAACCUGGAACUAAAUUUGAAAUCAACCAAAGCUUGAAACUCUAGGCCUAUAUUGUCUUUUUGGUUGAAUCCUGGGUUAAAUUGCUUAAUCGAAACGAUUGAAAUGCUGCUAGUUUUCCCAGAAAGCUGCCCUUUUCAUUAGCCAAUGCAAUUUUGAAAUGGAAGUGUCAGCCAAUCAGCUCCUUUGUUGUUCAACACAAUGUGCCAUUCCAUAUUUGCUAAUGUGGCUAAUGCUAGCUAGCGUGAGAACAAAAAGGGCAGUUUUCCUGGAAAACUAGCAGUAUUUCAAUCGUCUCAAUUGAGCAGUAUGGAUAAAGGUAACAUUUGGAGUACCAUGGCAUAUCCCAUCCCUGGAUUGAGGUAUGUUUUCUGACGAAUAUCUUGCGCCAUAACCAUGGUGUCUUAAUGUAAACAUGAUUGCGUUCCGACCCUAGUGCAGCUCAGUGUAAACAAGCACAACGGUAGGGUCGGGAU